UCAAACUAGUUUUAUUUCAAGUACUUGUAAUUUGUUUCCUUAUGUCUUCCAGCCAUAGACCUCUAAUAUAUCUAGAGAUGUCAUAUUGUUGAUUAGAAAGUCAAGGUGAGUGCACGCAGACCUCUAAGAUCAUAUUCUUCCUCCCACAGAUGAUGAAUCGAUGACCUCUGCUACUGUCUGGAGAGGGAUAAGGGAAUACUUACUUCUUGAGAGUUCACAAGAAUUUAAAGCCAGUAGAAAGGAAGAAGAAGUGAAGGCAAAAACAAAUUCAAGACUUGACCACAAUGGACGUGGGUGGUCCCUCUGGCCAGAAAAUGGAGUAUUAUCAUGGCACCUUUAAAAUUUCAGAUCUACGAGUCAAAAGUAAUUCUGGACAAAGCAGCCCAUACCAGCUUAAGGACUUACAGGAGAUGAGUGAAAACUUGCUCCUAUCUUUCCAGACACCUGAACUAUUCAAAGAUGGAAUGGAUGCUGGGGCUAGAUAUUCUUCUCAGCAGGUGGAUGAUACAUUUAUAGAUUCGGCCUUGAACAAGCAUUAUAUCAAGAACCAAGUAGUCAAACUGACUCCAGAGGAAGAUGGUGUGACAGUAGAUGUGAUUAUGGUGUUCCAGUUCCCCUCUGCUGAGUCAAGGGCAGUGAGAAAAAGGAAAAUCCGUAGCAUGUUAUAUAAGAAGAUAAGUAACACCAGAGCUUUGUCAAUAAAUGCCUUGUCAGUUGAAGUUAAUGCAAUGAGCUCAUCGACAGGGAAGCUAACUGUCCAAGCAUGUUGUGGUAAACGAGCUGUUCCAUUAAUAGUGAACAGAAUAAUAUCCGGAGAGAUUGCAGGCAAGUCUUCCUGGCCUUGGCAAGCUUCCCUUCAGCAUAAUGACAUACAUCAAUGUGGCGCCACCUUGAUUAGUAAUACGUGGCUUGUUACCGCAGCACACUGCUUUAGGAUUAAAUCAAAUCCACAUCAAUGGACUGUUAGCUUUGGAACAACAAUCAACCCUCCAUUAAUGAAAAGAAAUAUCGAAAGAAUUAUUGUCCAUGAGAGAUAUCACUUCCCAGCAAAAGAAUACGACAUUGCUGUUGUGCAAUUAUCAUCCAGCGUCACCUUUACUGAUGAGAUCCGAAGAGUUUGUUUGCCAGAAGCCUCUGUGUCCUUCCAACCAAAUUCAACUGUCUAUGUCACAGGAUUUGGAGCACUUUUUCAUGGUGGGGAAUCCCAAAAUGAUCUUCAUGAAGCCAGACUGAAAAUCAUAAGUGAUGAUGUAUGCAAGCAGCCACAUAUGUAUGGCAGACAUAUAAAAUUUGGGAUGUUUUGUGCUGGCUAUCUGGAAGGAAUUUAUGAUGCCUGUAUGGGUGAUUCUGGGGGACCUUUAGUUGGAAAGGAUCUUAAAGAUACCUGGUAUCUCAUUGGAAUUGUGAGCUGGGGAGAUAACUGUGGGCAAAAGAACAAACCUGGAGUCUACACAAAAGUGGCUUAUUACCGAAACUGGAUUACUUCAAGAACAGGCCUCUAAUUCACUAUUACAAGUUAAACAUUGAGAGCUGUAUGCAGGUCAUACAUGUAUGAGAAUCCAUAUAUUCUGUGGUUGUAGUACAAUGAAGUGAGAUUAAAUGAUAUGUUUUAUUUCAGAAUCACUUUAAUCAAUCAAAAUCCCAUAGCCAAUUUGUAAAGGAUUUAAAUUUAUAAGGUAGUGGGUCAGUUUAGCCUGGCUUGAAAAAUACAGCAGAGAUACUGAGCUCUUUAAAUCAGCAAGCUAGAGUAUAAAAGAGGAGCAAUGCAAAUUAUUGAGGAUAAUCUGUAUGAUUUUUAGAGUGUCUUUUUCCCUUAAGCGAGAAACUUUUUGAACUCUGAGUUUAGGAAACCCUUACAUAAUUUUCUAUCAUUUCUCUAGAGGUCACAAAUACUUUUUUCUAGUUCUUACAGAUUUUCCAAAGAAAUUUUCCAUACUUUCAAUUUAUAAACCCAUUGGAGGGAUCCUAAUUUUUUUAAAAGUUAUAUCUAGGAAACAAAAUAUGGUGAUAAAUCAAGCCAGAGAUCUUAUAACCUUUGCUGCAAAAUCUCCCUAAUUUUUCAGUGAUUCUUUAACAUACAUACACACACACACACACACACACACACACAGAGAAUAUCCCUACCUUCAGAUAUACCCAGAAAAAGCCUGCUUAAUGAAUAUAUACAGUAAUUAGCUAAUCAAAGAUGUAUUUUUGUUACAAAAAUUGGGGGGAAGGUGAUAGUAACUUCAUGAGCAGUCCGAAAAAAAUGGCACAAAAAUUGGAUAUUUUAUAGAUGCGUUUACAUGUUUGGACCACCAGGAGGCAGCUUUGUACAUUAUUGUUGUACGCUUCAAUGCCUAGAAAAAAUGAGAAUUUGUUCAUAUGUUGAAGAAUUAAUGAGCAUUAUCCUUUCACACAGAAAGAAAAAGUUUAUUCCUGUGUAUUGCUGCAGCCAAUUAUCUCCUAAGCCUUGCAGCAACAGCCUGACUAUUGCAACCAUGAAACAAUAGUUUUUGUUUUAAUUUAAUAAAUAUAAAUUUUGAGGACCAACCAUAUAGAACACAUGAACAAAGUGAUUAAAUGAACCCCCUAAGUGUCUCAUGAAGACAUUAGGUGAGUCAGGCUCAUGUAUUCCAUGAUACAAUUAAAUGAAGAUUUUGUGGAAACUGUUACUCUGUGUGACAAUGCUGACUAAACAUCAGGGUUUAUAGGUGGGGCGUCGUUUACUCACGCAGUCCAGAUAUAAGCCAAACUGUUAGAAAAUUGAGUGAUUUUAUAACAAUCUCCCCCAUGUCCUAUUAAUAAGGCAUAAAAAUAAUCCUAAAAGCAACGAAGACCCAAUGCAGCCAAAAAUAAAGUAAAUAAUUUUUUUAAAAAUCCUAAAAUAAUCUAAAAGAGAUUUAAAAUUUAUUCACCAUAAAAAUUGAUCCAUAACUUAGACUCACAGAAUUUUAAAGCUUAGGAGAGACUACACGUCAUAUGGGCCAGUACACUUAGGGUUCAAAGAACUGAAGCCAGGAAAAGUAAAUAACUUUGUGAAGUUGUAGGUAAUUUGUAUCCCCAGUGGGCCUAGAACCCAGGUACAAAUUUCACAGGCCCUUUUCUUACAAAGUAUCUUUAUGAUUGUCUAUAUUUAUUGAAUCAUCAGCUGUAUAAAAAUUUCAGUGAGUUCUAUUGAAUCUGUUUUAAAUUGAAUUUUAAACGGUGUGAUUCACUUAGGCGGCUGGCUGCCAAUUCUCUGAACUCACUUCAAGAUAAAGCUGCUUUUUCUUAUAUAAAAAUAUACAUAGGCAUAUAAAUUAUUUGAUAUUAUGGUGGCAAGAUAUAAUUCUGAUUUCUAGUGUUAAGGUUCAAGAAAUGAUCUUAGAGUUAUAACUUUAUAUUUCUAAACUGUUUUGUGAAGCACUUAAUCCUGGGUCACAUGUAAACAAAUACUGAUAUAUUAUUUAAAAUCUAAUAAAGUUGGUGAUCAGAGCAUUCUACAAAUAAUAUCAUUGAAUCUGUGUUAGGCCAAUAGCAUGAACUUUUCUUUCAACUUCUGUUAAAAAUUGCAUUUCUUUUAAAUAACUAGUUUGGGUCACUCUGAAGCAGAAUUUCUCAACUUUGGCACUUUUGACUUUCUGGUCUGGGUAGUUCUUUGUUUUAAGAGGCUACUCCAUGCAUUGUAGAAUUUUAGCAGCACCCCUGACCUCUGCCUUCUAGAUGCCUGAAAUACACUCCUUCCCCCCAAAUUAUGAUAACCAAAAAUGUCUCCAGACAUUGGCAAAUGUCUCCUAAGGGGUGAACUUGUUCCCUUUUGAGAACUACUGUUCCAAAGACAUUUGAUUAUUUUCAGAAAUGCCAGCGAUAUCUCAAAAUUAUGACACUGAGCAUUCAAAAACUAUAGUCUCCUGGUCAAACUGUAUGUUCACUAUCAUGUUCCUAAAAGAAACAGCAGAAUAAGUGACUGAUGCUUUAGUCAGUGGCUAUUUCAAAUACAGAGUGAUCUUCCCACACACAAUGUGCCUAGCGUUUCUCUCAUACUCCUGCCUACAGUAUAUUCAUAGAGAACCAUCAACCACUACUAUGAAGAUAGCUUUUCUAUGAAUAUACCCUCUAGUAGAGUUUCUCUAUCUUGACCACAAUCCACAGCAAGAAAUAUAUUUUACAUCACAGCUCCAUAAAUAUGUUACAAAAUACUAUGUAUGAAAAAAUGAAACAGAAGUUUCAUAAAACAAUACCUACCUUAUUAAAUACAAUAAAAUCUAAUAUUUCUAUUCUAUUCUAUUUCAUAUUUUUAAAUGCUUGCCCCACCAACUAAAUUGAUUUCACAAUCUAACGAGUCAGUUAGAUUGUGAAUCUGCAGUUCCUAUAACAUAUUCUGGAAUGAUCAUUCACUAUUAUUAACGCCAUAUUGUUAUUACCUCACCUCUUCCCACUGCGUUCCCCACCUUCAACCUCUCUCUACUGCAUUUAGCAAAUUGUAGCUAGAUUAUAAUGCUAUUCAAUAAUGCUAUUCUCACGCACUCAAAUCUUCACUGAUUUCCCCUCUGCCUGACAAAUAGAGUCUAAAUUCACAUCACCAUAGCUUGUAAGGUCCUUUACAAUCUGCCAACAACGAAUAAAAUUUUUGUUUCACUUGUACUCAGUGCUCUUAUAACACUGAAUGUUACUCUUUAUUUCCUGAACACAUAUAUAGUGGGGCAUGCAAUGUUCUCUUCACUCUAUAAGAUCUAGCUCAAAUAUCACUUCUACUGAGAAUACCUUUUUUAUCCCAGAUAAAAUUACUCUUUUUGAAUGUUUUUGUUCUUCCCCUAGAGCAUUUCUCAUACUUUACUCUGUAUUACAGCUUAUAUGUAAAUUUAUUAUCUCUGCAAACAUUUUAAGUUCCAUUAAAGACUGCUUUGCUCA